CCCGGUGCGCAUUGCGCUCGUGUUCGCGCUCCUGCGUGGACGCACGGCGUCGCCGCCGGUCCACGUUAUCCCACCUUAUCUAUACACGUAUACAUUAAAAAACAAACCCACAGAUUUCAGUUCUGGGAGCCCGGUCAUUGACGCUCGGCGUCCUCCUGAGAUGUCCCAGCUGCCGGCCGACAGCAGCCGCAGUGACCCCCCGACGGGCGCGGCGAGCAGGGACGGCGACGCCCCGCCAGCCGAGGUAGGCGGCGGGAGGCGGGCGCCGGCCGCGGCGCUGCGCGAGGAGAGCCGGGGAGGCCCGAUGGCGGAGGCCCAGGGAGGCCCGGCGGCGGAGGUGUGGGACGAGCCGGUGGCGGCGGCCAGGGACGGAGCGGUGGUCGCAGUGGCGGCGGCGGCCGGGGACGGCCGGAUGGCGGAGACUAGGGGAGGAGGCCCGGCGGCGGCGGCGGCGGCGGCGGCCAGGGGCGGCCCGAUGGCGGCGGCGGCGGCGGCGGCGGCCCGGGACGCCCGUAUGGCCGAGGUAGCUCGACUUUUGGGGGAGCCGCUGGAAGAAGAGGCUCCCGAGAGCCGACCCCGGUCUCGGUCAGGCCAUGCCGGGGCGCUGGCCGCGCUGCCCUACCUCCGCCUGCGGCACCCCCUGAGCGUGCUGGGCAUCAACUACCAGCAGUUCCUCCGCCACUACCUGGAGAACUACCCGAUCGCUCCCGGCAGGAUCCAGGAGCUGGAGGAGCGCCGGCGCAGGUUCGUGGAAGCGUGCCGGGCCCGGGAGGCCGCCUUCGACGCCGAGUACCACCGCAACCCCCAGCGGGUGGACUUCGACAUCCUCACCUUUACCAUAGCCCUGACCGCCUCCGAGGUGAUCAACCCCCUCAUCGAAGAACUCGGGUGCGAUAAGUUCAUCAAUAGGGAGUAGCUCCCGGCGGCGUUCAAGCCAAAUCCAUCCAGCAACUUUUUUUUUUUUUUUUAAAAGUCUAGAGUGAGUUUGCCUCAGUCUGAGAAAAAUAACAUCCGAAAAGAAAUCGAGGGGCCAGGGCGAGAGGGACGGAGCCAAGUGGUGGAACAAGUUACCUAGUAUGCCUUAGGGCCACCCCCGCUUCCAUUCCCAGCCCUGCAAAAUGAGUAAUCAUCCUAAUAAAUUUGAAAAGUAGAAAAGAAUAAUGUUGAAAGCAUUGGAAGACUCCUGUAUGACUUUUGAGUUUGUGAUUGAUCUAGGAGUUUGUGAUUGCUCUAGAUCCCCCCCCCCUUCCCCUGGCAUUAUAAAAAUGGUCUCCUUACCAAACGUGACUUCAUGAAAAAUAAUAAUAAUAAAGG